ACUAACUGAGGAAGCAAAUUCUAUGAUUCUUGAAAAACAGAAGAGGCUAAUGGAAAAACCUAUAUAAUAAGAGAAAAGGCUAAAGGGAUUUUAAAGAAUCUAUCACAAUCAAUCUAUUUUUGUGUGUUUUUCCAUCACUUUUGAUCCCAUCUUUUAAGCCCAUCUUUGUCAUAAAUAAAAAAAAAAUUAGUCCAUAGGAUGAAGCCACAGCGUUUGAAUUUAUAUCAGUAUCACUCUUUUCUUUUACCCACUGCUUUUCUAUUUGGUCCUAUCCCAUCUGUGUGGGAAUUGUCUCAGUACUUCAGCAUUUUGGGUGUCAACUAAUGCACAUGAGCAUGACCUCAUGAUGAUAUUAAGUCUAAUAUUUCUGGGUAACCUGUUGCAUACAUAUUAUUUGGGGCAUCUCUUAUCAGGCCAGUUUAAUGGGAACAUAGUUACUAUAGCAACCGGAAUCUGAAAAAAACACCCCAUUCUAUAUUGUCAGAAGAUACCCUAUAGCCAUGAUGGCGAACCUAUGGCACGUGUGCCCGAGGUGGCACGCAGAGCCAUCUUUCCGGGCAUGCGAGCUACCGCCCAAUUCACCUGCAGCUGUGCAUGUACGCGUGCCCCAGCUGGUGUUGAGGCCUCCGGUUCACAUGCGCACAAUUCAGGAGAUCCGGCUGGUCUUCGGAGCUCUCCUGUGCAUGUACGCACGUUUGUGCAUGUGUGUAAGAAUACCUGUGUGCAGCAUUUGUGCGCGUGAAAACUGUGCACUUGCGCAGAUGGUGCAAUUACAUGCGCAGUGCACGGGGAAACCACGCAAAAGCCACAUGCAUGCACAGAUGGUGUGGUUGCAUGCACAGCACAUGGGGCCACUCACGAAAGCUCUGCACAUGUACAGAUGGUACGAAGCCGCGCAUUAGUGCAAAUAGCAUGCAAGCACACAAAGCGCAUACCUGUUUGGUACUUGGUGAGUAAAAGGUUCACUACCACUGCCCUAUAGACAAGAAUGUAGCUGAAAGGUUAUAAGUAUAAUUCUUUUGGGCUGUUGUCCAAAUAUCUAUAUAAUGCCUGACUUGGUCUUAUUGCCUUUCCAUUUUAAGCUGAAGAGUAAGACGAUGACAGAACUUGGCAUAGGUUAUAAGAAAUAAAAUCAUUUCUGCAAUAAUCUAUCCAAGUACUAGAUUUUCAGCUGAUGACUAGAAAUCAAUCCCAUUUUCACAAUGGCUACUAUCAUAGUUGGGUGAGUGACUGGUCCUUUUGUUACCAAGUAAAGAAGGUUGGAAUAUACACAUAUACAUUUAGCUGUAGUAAACCUUGGAUCAGCUGAGGCAGUAUCAAAAGUAGAUAUAGCAAUCAUUGUUAUAUAUAAUAUUCUCUUCCUUCAAUAUGUUGGACUAGGACUGGAGAGAGACAAGUUCAAAUCCUUCCUUAAUUGUGGAAAACUCCCUGGGUGAUUGUGGGAAAAAGGAAGAGGAGGAAGAAACUCUAUAGCUUUGGAUCAUAUUCUGCCACUAUCUCCAAACAUGGCUUCCAAAAGUGCUAAACUUCAGCUCAGUCAGAAUGGCCUAAAACAGCAGAUUAGCGAAGGCUGUACUACUCAUUCCUAGAUGUGAGGAUCACGUGUAUUGGAACUUUAUUAGGGCUUUUAAUAGGAAUAAAUGCUUGUAGGAAUAACGGGCAGUAUGAUUCCGGUGGCUGAAUUCAAGCAUUUCACAGACCAGCAGCCUGCUUUCAAAGUUCUCAAGCCUUGGUGGGAUGUGUUAGCUGAGUACAUCACCAUAGUCAUGCUGAUGAUAGGCGUUUUCGGCUGCACUCUGCAAGUGAUACAUGACAAGAUCAUCUGUCUUCCCAAUCAUGUUCCCAGUGGUACAGCUUUUACCGAUUUAACUUGUGAAGAUUUCACCAAGAAGACAAUCAAUAACUCUGAACCAAUCAAGUCUUCUGUCCGCCAGGAAAUGAGUGGAUUACGGAACAACCUAGACCUUCAACAGUACAGCUACAUCAAUCAGAUGUGUUAUGAGACAGCCCUUCAUUGGUAUGCUAAGUACUUUCCUUAUCUUGUUAUUAUCCAUACACUGAUGUUCAUGGUGUGUGCCUCUUUCUGGUUCAAAUUUCCUGGUACCAGUUCCAAGAUUGAACAUUUUAUCUCCAUUAUGAGCAAAUGUUUUGACUCACCUUGGACUACUCGAACCAUCUCAGAAGUUUCUGAAGAGGAGAACACAGGCUCAGGAAAAGUGAAUCGGAUCAGGAAAAGUAAUGUUCCCAGUGAACUGAUUGAACUUUCUCCUACAGGAGGCUCUGUUACACGAAAGAAAGUUGCAGAGUCCCCUUCCAGUAGCAUGUUGGGCAAAAAGGAAGGUGAGGAAGCCAAGGCUUUGUUUGAAAAGGUGAAAAAAUUCAGACUCCAUGUCGAAAAAGGAGACAUUCUUUACACAAUGUACAUCCGCCAAACUGUUCUCAAAGUUUGCAAAUUUCUAGUUAUUAUUGUCUACAAUGCAGUCCUGGUUCAUAAUAUUAAGUUCAUAGUGCCCUGUAGUGUUAAAAUGGAGGAUAUGACAGGCUAUGACCAUUUCUGUUGCAACCAUACCAAAGCCUGUCUCUUCUUCAAGCUGGCUAUGUGCUAUCUGUGUUUCCUUGGUGUGUAUGGUAUGACCUGCCUCUAUACUCUUUAUUGGCUCUUUCACCGGCCACUCAAAGAGUACUCAUUUCGCUGUGCUCGUGAGGAUACUGGCAUCAAGGACAUCCCUGAUGUUAAAAAUGAUUUUGCUUUCAUGCUCCAUCUCAUAGACCAAUAUGAUUCCCUUUACUCCAAGCGCUUUGCUGUAUUCCUCUCUGAGGACAGUGAGUACAAACUUAAACAGCUCAACCUCAAUCAUGAGUGGACACAUGAUAAGUUGCAGCAGAAAUUGCAGACGAACCCUAGCGGGCGCCUAGAACUCCAUCUCUUCAUGUUGCCUGGGUUGCCUGACACGACUUUUGAGAUGAUUGAGUUGGAAGCUCUAAAACUGGAAUUGCUUCAAGAUGUCACUUUCCCGGCCUCAGUAACUCAACUGAUCAAUCUUCAAGAGCUAGUGCUGAUCAACUGUCCUGCUAAGCUGUCCUUUACCUCCCUUAAGUUCUUCCGUGAACAGCUGAAGGUGAUGAUGGUAAAUUUUGAUGACAUAAAAGAUAUACCUGUGUGGAUCUACAACUUGAGAGGUUUGGAAGAGUUGUACAUCUCAGGAUUUUUCAACCAGGAGAUGGGCCGGACAGGAACUCUAGAAAGCUUACGUGAGCUAAAGAACCUAAAGGUUUUGACACUGCACAGCAACAUCUCAAAACUGCCACCCAGUGUGGCUGAUCUGGCCACUCACCUGCAAAAACUCAGGAUACAUAAUGAUGGGACCAAGUUGGUAGCCCUUAACAAUCUCAAGAAGCUCUUCUCGGUGCAGGAGCUAAAACUGAUAAACUGUAACCUGGAACGGGUCCCCCAUGCUAUCUUUAGCCUUGUGAACUUGCAAGAGUUGGACUUGAAGAAUAAUAAGUUGAUUUCCAUUGAGGAAGUCAUUAGUUUCCAGCAUUGCCGAAAGUUGAUAUGUCUCAAACUUUGGCACAACCAGAUUUUCACCAUCCCUGAACAUAUCCGCAAACUCAAGACCUUGGAGCAACUUGACCUCAGCCAUAAUUACAUUGAAACUCUCCCUUCCCAACUCUUCCUGUGCACUAGGCUACAUUAUUUGGAUCUUUCCUACAAUAAAAUUCAGAUCAUCCCUUCUGGGAUGGGAGUUUUACAAAGCCUUCAAUAUUUCGCUGUUUCGCACAAUUGCUUGGAGACAUUGCCUAAUGAAAUUUACUUCUGCAAGAAACUCAAAGUUCUCAAAGCAGAACACAACAAGCUCCGGCGCAUCUCAGAUCGCAUAAGCUGGCUUCCUUUGCUGUCCAGGAUAGAGCUGAAAGGGAACCAGCUUGAAGCCCUGCCCUUGGAGAUUGGUCAGUGCAAAUUCCUCAAGCGUAGCGGUCUGGUGGUGGAGAGCAAUAUUUAUGAGACAUUGCCUUCAGAAGUAAGGGUAAAAAUGGAGGACGAAUGACCAAUGUGAACAGUAGCAAGGACAGUUAAUUUUCUCAAGUGCCCACUGUGUAGGCAUAGAACCAGAACACUUAAGAGUCUGGCUCUAUUCACCAGUAAGUCCCAACCUUUUUUCCAUGUCACUGUGGAAUGGAUGUGAUAAGACUUAGUCUAGCAAAUCUGUAUCUCAGGAUGAAAUCAGGAAGGAGCUGACAGCUUCAGCCCUACAAAGAGGGCUGGAAAUGGGAAGCCUCAGCAAAAAGAAGUUGAAAGUAACAUUUCGUUUUUGUUUUUCUGAAAAACGCCAAUUUUCAGAACAGUUAAAUAGGAUAAAUAAUUUAUUUUUAAAAAGGCUGUACCAGACCAAAGAAUCAUUGUAUUUAAUCUUUUGUGUCUAUUUAUGUACAUAUUUUUGAACUGCUCUGAAGCUUUGCUAAAUACUCUUCAAGUGGAUUCAUUUGUCCACUCUUAAGCUGCAGUUUCUUGUUAACAUGUUUGGUAGAUAUUGCCUAAUUUUAUCAAAAGUGAUUCUGGGUGAUGUUUUGCCUAUUUAUUGCAAUAAGUGAGAAUUAGUCAGGGAGUAGCAAUCUUGCAUAAUUAUCAAAAUAACCUAGCUCUCUUUAUUCUGUUCUUUGUUAGAAGAAUUAUUGUGUUCUGAAAUGUCAAAUGCCAAAAUGCAAAUGCCAAACCACAAAGCAUUUGCUUUGAUCAAUAAGGAUUCACCAUAUGAUAUAACUUCUAAUUUUUCUAUGUCAAAUUGGCUAAAUCCUAUCCAGCAUUCUGCCAAUGUGAGCAUCUCUGCAGUGCAGUUUGUCUCAUGGAGGUUGUCCAUGUACUUGGCAGAGUGGAAGUAUCUCCCAUGCAUAGCAAGUGCUGGGAAAUAUUGGGGCGAUUCUCCUAAUUUUUUGUCUAUCAGAUGACAAAUAUAGGAAAUAUACAGUGUAACUCUUACAUCUUAUUAAUGUGACUGUCUGCCCAUUCCAGGAGUCUUAAAGGAUGACUUAACUUUCAAUCCUACUAUCUUCUGCCUAUAGAAUGGAAAUCAUAAUUGUUGUCAUGCAAUCUUAAAGACUUUUGACAAAGACCUUCAAAAAAGACUCUUGAACAAGCUGCUGCAGUCAUGAGAUAAAAAACAAGUUGUCUUAGUAAUUAGUAAGUAAUAAAUCAGUUUACAAUGAAGUUGUAAUAUGUCCCAUGCAGAUAGAAAACAUAUGUUGGUAUAAACUAUCACUUCUUGAAAUAGAAUAGAAUAGAAUAGAAUUUUAUUGGCCAAGUGUGAUUGGACACACAAGGAAUUUGUCUUGGUGCAUAUGCUCUCAGUGUACAUAAAAGAAAAGAUACGUUCAUCAAUGCAAGGUUUUCAGGAAUCUACAAUUGAAGGUUUUUCUGUUGAUUUAUUUGAAGAAAGCAUUAGCUCUCUGCCUUAAGUUCCUGCCCUGAUGGUACCUCAGAAAAGCUGCCUAGGCAGUGCCUUGCUUCUAACCGGAGCAUUCCAUUGAGGUAGCAUCAAGCAAAUGCUUUGGUGGGAAUAUCAGGUUAUGGCUGGGAAGGCUUCAAAAGACUCUUACAUGAGGAACAAUCCAGUUUUUCUAGAUCAUGGAUAUCAGUGCCAUUCAUCUCUGAUGGGAUUUUCAUUAUUUUGUAACAAUGUGCUAAAACAGUGCUAAAACAGUUAAAGACAACAGUGCAAAAGGAGAAACAUGUACAGCUUUAAAGAGAUUUCAAAAAUAACUGUAAAAGAACUGUGAAGACCCAAUCAUUAUUAUUUAUUUAUCUGCAUUUAGUAUGAAUGAUCAACAUUUACCAGUAGUUUAACUGGUUAGUUGAUUGAUAAGGUGAGUUAUUUAAUGGUAAACCACUAGCAUUCUAUACAUGGUGUAUCAGGUUCACUUCCAGUUGAAAGAAUAAAUAGCUGGUGAUAGAAGUGACUUGGUAUAAAGAUCUAAUUCAUGAAGGACUCUAAGCCUAAUGUUUGUCUUGUAUUUUUGGAUUUGACACCAGCCCUAAGUACCAACACUAUGUGUAUGUAUGUAUGUAUGUAUGUAUGUAUGUUGUUUGCAAUUACAACCAGUGUCAAGAGUUAUAUAUUUGCCAAUAAAAUAGAGUCGAGGCAUUUAGAAACAUUCAUAAAUUAGUAUCCUGAAUUAUUAUGUACGUCCAUGAAGGAGAGAUUGAAAACCAUAAAUAUAUAGUUAUGUCAUUUAUGGUAGCUAUCCUGUAAAUAAUCAUUGUUAAUGACCCAGACCUGUAGGACAAACAAUGGAAGAAUUAAAUUUACUUGGUAAUUGCCCAAAGAAAUCUUAUUCAAUUGUCAAUGAAAUAUUAUAUCACACUGAGCAACUUUUCUCAAUCUUCUAACCUUGGAGAAACUGUGAAAUAAUGUUCAGGUCCUGUCUAAAAAUGGCGAAAAAUACAGACACAUCACAAAACAAUCCACUCAGCAAGAGAUUGACUGACUCAUGUCGUAUAAACCCAAAAUUAAGAAAAUCAUACUAUGAUUUAGUACAGUAUACAAAACUAUCCAAAUUAAGGUCAUUCACUGAAUAAUUUGGCUGAAUGGAAAUGUAAUCCUAGCUCUUCUUAAUCUAAUUCCAAGUCAUAUCCAAACAGCUGCAUUUUCAUGCUCCCUUCCUGCCAUACCACCCUAAAUCUGGCUACCCAGAUUAUAGAUCCAGUCUGUGCUUCAUACUGCUGUCCACACAGCUUUCAUGUACAGCAUUCAAAGAGCCAUGAUGUUUAGUCCCUGGACUGAAUUUCCAGCCCCAUCCAAUGUCUUUUGCACAUUAAGGGGCUCCUGCAUAGAUGCACACAAUGGCUUGGUUACUCUAUACUUUUCUUUUUCUUUCUUUCUUGUCUAUGGAGAUUCUCAGUCAUCCAGGUCAUAGUUGUCCCAAAAGUGCUUUUUUCAAGAGGCAACUGGACUAUCAGAAACUGGACUUUCUGAAAGUCCAGUUGCCUCUUGAAAAAAGCACCUUUGGGACAUUCUUUCUUGUAUUAAUGGUCAUUUUUCUAAAAUCCUUGAAACUGCAGGUUGACCAGUUGACUUUACAACCACCAGGCGGCUGCAAAGGAUUAGCUUUUGUAAGUCUUGCCUGCCACCUACUGUUUGUCUGGAUGUAUACAACUGAAAUGCAGCCAGUGAAUAACUAGACAGCUGGAAGUUGAGAGAGGAUUGAGAAUUCACAUUGUAAACUACCCUAAGAAGGUAGCAUGAGAAAAAAAAACCUGUUUCUCUGGGAGCAAUACAGGUGGUCCUCAAUAGUGACUGGCAACUCCACUACUAAGCAAUAAGGUUGUUAUGUCAUGUGACUACACCAACUUAUGAGAUCAAUUCAGGUUGCAGUCAUUAAGCAAAUCACCAUGAGUCUUUAAGCGUGAUGUCAUGUAACUUUGAUUUGCAAAUUCCUGCCAGCUUCCCCAUUGAUUUUGCUUCUUGGCAAAAUCUUCUUGGCAAAAUCUUUCUUUGUGACCUUGGCUAUGAAGGUCACAAAUGGUGAUCACAGGAUCUUGGGACAUUGUGAUAGCUGCAUGUUUGUGACUAUUGUCCAUUGGUGAAAUCUGAACCGGUUUACUACCGGUUCACUUGCUGUGCAUGCGUGCUGUGCGUGUGCAUGUGCAGUGCGCAGCACGCACCAAAUGCAAGGUGUGUGCGUGUGCAGUAUACGCCAAAAGGAAGCAUGGGGUAAGUAGAACAGCACAGGGUGUAUGUGUGAUCAGCUGUGGCGUGCAAUCUUUUUUUUUACUUUUAAAAGCAUUUUUUUACAACCUAUUCAGCCAAAUAGGUUGUAAAAAAUGCUUUUAAAAGUAAAAAAAAAAGGCUCUAACGA